AGGUUUCUAAAUGUCUCUUGAGAGGUGAUGGAUUCAUGCUCUCAUUGUACAAUAAUUCACUGGACUGAACACAAACCUUUUAUCCUUCCUGUUGGGUUCCUUGCCUUAGAGUAACCUUGUCAUCCAAUGGCAUAUGGUAGACUUCAUGACCACUGAAGACCCUUGUGUCUAGUCUUCUAUGGAGCCUGACCAGGAAAUUACUCAGUGGCUGACCAGUCUGCACCUGCCCCAAUAUGCCUCCAGCUUCGCCAGGGCUGGCUACCAUUGCUUUAAAGACCUUAGGAACCUAACGGAGGAGAAGCUCCUUGAAGUGGACAAUGUUCCCACAGGACACCGGCGGAGGAUCCUAAGCAGCCUAGAGACCCUAAUGGUGGAAGUGGAUGGAGGUAAAGGUUCUAUAAAAGUACCCGUGAGGAGAAAGCCAAUCCCAAGACCUAGACAAGUGUUUCCCAAGGCUAAGAAGAAAGGCAUACCUUGUCAGCAUUCUCAGGGCAGUACCAUCCAGAUGACAAGGCAAACUCCUCUUUCAGGGACAAGUGUUACAUGUUACACUGUUUCCUCCAGCUCUAACUCCACCUCUGAGCAUGACAGCACGGAAUCACUGGAGAACUUUUCAGAAGAACCCAUUCCAAAGGAGAAUCAUGCCAUUCCCUCAGAAGGAGCUUCUGUAGGGUUUCAGGGAGAAAUGGUAGAAAAUGAAAUAUAUGAGCAGUGUACCUUCAUUAAAGAACCUUCUGAGCAGAAGUCUACCCUCUCCUUUAAGCUACGAAACAGGCCCGUUCCAGAGAUCCCUGAGCAUCCCUUCAAACCUCCUUAUGACUGGAAUGUGGCAGCAAACAACAACAAUGACCAUCUCUCAAGGUCUGAGGGACACGUCUGCCCCACAGGCAGUAAGAAAGCACCACUGGAAAGGACCUUGUCCCCCAUUGCCCCAUAUGGAGAGCUUUUUCUGUUUGAUUCAGCAGAAAUAGAAACGGAUAUGUCCAGUCAAGGAGUAAGAGAGAACCUGGAAGAACAGAAGUUAAGAAACAAGCAGACACAAAUAACAAGAAGCAAGACAAUAACUCAAAAUAACAAGAAGCAACACCUUUCCAAGCAACAUUUUGUCGAUGAUGAUGAUGAUGAUGAUGAUUACUCCACUGUACAAGAAUCCACACUUAGUCAUCGCUUGGCUAAUGAAUGCUCUUUUAAACAUCCUACACCAUCUCCUCUUCUCUCGAGCACUGGACCAUCAGCUUUGGCCCAGCCACAUUUAGAUGUGAAUGACAUAUACAGUAUGCCACAAGAAGACCUACCAGGCCUAAUGAGAGCAAACCUUCUUUCUCAAACAGAAGUUUCCAUUUCUCCUUAUGCCUGCUUCUAUGGGACCCGCACUGCAGCCACCAAAGCAGGCUGGCUAGACAAACUCUCCCCUCAAGGGAACUGUGUCUUUCAGAGAAGAUGGGUGAAGCUUGAAGGAGGAAAUCUCACUUACUACAACAGCGAUAAGGAGAUGUACUCGAAGGGCCUGAUACCUGUUUCAGCAGUUAAACAAGUUUGCGCUCUGGGUGAAAAUAAGUUUGAGGUGGUCACCUUUGUAAGAACCUUUGUGUUUCGGGUAGAGAAAGAAGGAGAGCGUCAGGAUUGGCUAGAUGUUCUCCAGUCUGCUGUGAGCUCCCAGUCCUCCAUUUCCCAUCAGCCUCGCAAAAAUAACACAAACAAGAGUGGCUAUGUCGAGCUGCGUGGCCUCAAAGGAAGAGUCUACCUCAGCCUCAUGAGAACCAGCUUCAUACUCUGUAAAACAGACCAGGACUUUAAUGCUGGGCUGGCCAUCACUGUGGUGGACCUGACGGCUGCGUGUGUGAAACAAGUUGAGAGGAAAGGAUUUGAGAUCACUACACCUUUCAAAUCCUUCUGUUUCACAGUGGAGUCAGAGCAUGAGCGAGAGCAAUGGAUAGAGGUAGUUCAAGAGUCCAUCGUAGAGACAUUAUGCAAUUACGAGGUGCUUGAGAAGGUUUGGUUCAACAAGUCCAACAGGAAGUGCGCUGAUUGUCAGGCUCCGGAGCCAGAAUGGGCCUCCAUCAACCUGUGUGUGGUCAUCUGCAAGGAUUGUGCUGGUCAGCAUCGAUUCCUGGGUCCUGGUAUCUCUAAGGUCCGCAGCUUGAAGCUAGACAGCAGCAUUUGGACCAAUGAGCUCAUUGAGCUGUUUUUAGAUGUUGGGAAUAAAAACUCCAACAGCUUCUGGGAAGCAAAUCUUCCCCCAGAGGACGAGCUUUGCAAGCAGCCAUCGCCGGAGCAGCGUGCAUCCUUUAUCCGCAGGAAGUACAAAACUAGGAAGUACAAGAAAGUUCUAUUAUGUCUAAACACUCAAGAGGAACUCAACAAGGCCCUGUGUGCUGCAGUGGUUCUCCCUGAUAUCCUGCAAACCAUGGCCCUGGUUUUCAGUGGGGCGGAUGUGAUGUGUGCGACAGGUGACCCAGAGUACUCCACCCCCUAUCUAAUGGCACAGAAAGCAGGCCAGAGGCUGCAGAUGGAGUUUCUCCACCACAACAAGCUCUCAGAUUUUCCUAAGCUGGAAGCAGUAUGUGACAGCAGUUUUUCGGCUGAUGUUCCUUCUUUUAUGGACGGAUUUCUCUUUUGCUCUGUGAAUGCCAGCAAGGCCACUCUGGACCGGAAGGGAAGACCCGACAUGGUCCGCCGUUGGUGUACGUUGGAAGGUGGAUUUCUUAGUUAUUAUGACACCGAGAAGAACGCUACACCCAUAGGCCGAGUUGACAUUAGUGACGUGGUGAGCCUGGCCAUCAACAACACUGAGAACAUCACCGAAACAGGGCCAGUGUUCACCUUUGAGUUGUACCUGCGCUCUCAGAGAGUGCUGGUGUUUGGAGCAGAGACCUCAGACGCACAGCAGGAUUGGACACUUUCCAUCACCAAGUGUUUUGUCCCUGCAAGGGCUGAUGCUCUGCUGAGGCAGGACAGUGAGCUUAUUGGCCGACUGCACUAUAAAGAGGGUCAUGACCUUUAUCAUUGGCGAAUGGGAUGGUUUGCUCUGGUGGCCUCAGAACUCUACUUCUGUUCUGGAGAUGAAGAUGAAGAGGAGGGAGUUCUUCAACUCAAACGCCUACAGGAGCUUACUGUAUCCACUCAUAUGGAGGGUGACGAGAAGAUUCAGGUCUUACUCAUGGUCGAGAGUGGGAGAACUGUGUACAUACAUGGCAUAACCAAGCAGGACUUUGCAUUGUGGCAUUCUUCCAUCCAAUUGGCAGCUGGGACAGACGGCAUGGCUCUGGGCAACCAGCAAAUGAAUAAAAAUGAUGUUCCUAUCAUUGUGGAUAGCUGCAUUUCUUUUGUUACCCAGUAUGGUUUGUGUUAUGAGGGAAUCUACCAGAAAAACGGUGACCCUGGCUGUGUGGCCCAGCUCCUGAAGGAGUUUACCAAGAACGCCCGGGUUGUUAAACUGCGGGCUCAAGACCAACGGCUAGAGGACGUCACAGACACUCUCAAGAGCUUCCUAUCUCAAAGUGAAGAUGCUGUUUUGGCUAAAGAGCUGUACCCUUUUUGGAUCUCUGCUCUUGAUGAACAGGAUGAGAAGGUCAGAGUGCAAAAAUAUUCAUCCUACAUUCAGAGUUUACCCAAGGUCAACAAGUCAACUCUUGGUGCUCUCCUGCAGCAUUUGUACAGGAUCCAGAGGUGCUCACAUAUCAACCAGAUGAGCACGGAGAGGCUGGCGUGUGUUUUUUCCUCUUGCCUGUUUCAGACGGAGGGACACAUGGCUCAGGAGACCCGCGUGGUGGAAGACCUCAUCAACAAUUACAUCCAGCUCUUCUCUGUCAAUGAAGAGCAGGUUAUUCAAAUGGAGAAAGAAAACAGCUUUAUCACCAGGUGGAAGGACACCACAUUCUCUCCUGCUGGUGACCUGAUAUUUGAAGUCUACUUAGAAAAAAAGCAGCCUGAGAAGUGCUGUUUAAUCAAGGUGUCUCCUAACAUGAGGUCAGACGAGCUUGCUGUCAACACUCUGGAGAUGAAGGGGAUAGAGGUCAAAGCUCAAGAUCUCUGGACCACUUUUGAGGUCAUUGAGAAUGGAGAGCUGGAGCGGCCCUUACAUUACAAAGAGAAGAUUCUGGAGCAAGUAUUGGACUGGAGCUCUCUGGAGGAUCCCAGCUCGGCCUUCCUGCUCAUUAAGAAAUAUUCUGGUUCUAAAAUGACAGAUUCCAACUCAGAUAAACUCAAAGAUUUCAUUAAAGGAGAGCAACUCAAAUUCAAAGACGGUUCUUCCAAACUGCUGUUGGGAAAGAAGUUUCAGGACCGCUACCUGGUACUCCAAGACAAAAAACUGCUGUUAUACAAAGAUAUAAAAAGUACCAAACCAGAAAGAGAGGCUCCAUUAAAGUCGGUUAAAUGUUACUUAGGGCUGCGAAGGAAGUUGAAACCAACAAGCAGUUGGGGAUUUACUGUUUAUACUGAAAAGCAGCAGUGGUAUUUCUGCUGUAAAGGGAAUGAUUCUCAGCAGGACUGGGUCACCUCCAUUAUCAGAGUGAAGCAUGACAGUGACUUAUGGCCUAGAGAUCUAAAGCAGAGUGCUUCGUUACCUUAUAACCUGAACAGAAGAAGAACAUCCACUUGCAGCACCGCAAAGACCAGCACAGCCCAACACCAGAGAGAGGCUAAAGGGAAGUCAGUCGUCAGUACAGGUUCAAAUAGACAAAACCAAAUGACCACAGAUGAGGUCAACCAACAGGACCCGAUGCAGAAAUUGGCUAGCGGUGAAGGAACUCUGUGCGUCUCCGGGCUUGAAAUGAUGACUGAUGAGACUCUUCAGUCUUCCCGUAGACCAUCAAUUCAACAAGACCCCAGCGCUCUCACCCUGCUUUCACAAAAGAAAACUGUGUUGCCCAGAAGAAGUGUGCAGUUGCCACAAAACCUCAUUAGUGAACUAAAUAUUGUUCUCAACAAAUCAGGACGCUCUCCGAAAGAAGGCAAUUAAGAAAGACAGAGACAGAAAGACAUGAGUCUUGUCUGUUGCACUUCCAUUGUGCAUGAGGAAAAGAAAGACCCACAAAGCACUGCUGCCUCCCAUUAAAGUCAGACAUACUGGAGAGUGGAGAAUACAUGGAGAGUUAGUACACUCUCAAGAAAAAUGGUUCUCCGGCCAGAACCCUUUUUAUAUGGCUCCUUAAAGAACUAUGCUUUGAAACAACUAUAUGACCUUAAUGUUGUUAGAAAUAACCCUUUUUAAUGAUGGUUUAUAUUAGUUAAUAUUAGUAUAUUUACAUAAUAUCAGUAUUAUUAAUUUAAUUUUUACAUAAUUAUUUAAACUUUUUUGUUGUUGUUGUUGUUGUUUUUACACAUUUAUGAACCUGGUCUUAUAAUAUCUUAAAGCCUCUAUUAGUGUUUUACAUUAAAACAACAACAGCAUGUUAUGUGAGUAAUUCCAAAAUUCUAACAAUAUGGAUUAUAAAUGCAAUCUCUCUAUUAAUUACUUGGUGGAGAAGAGGAGAGAAUUUCAUCAACUUAUUUUAUGUGACCAAAAAACAAAUAAAAGAGAAAAGCACGUUACUAGAAUAUGAACUAGUUACGAUUUUAAAGUUAAAUUUUUAUUCAAAUUUACAAGUGAAAUCAUUUACUUGUUGAAUGUAGAUCACGGUUGUCAAACUCAGUUCCUGGAGGGCCAGAGCCCUGCAGAGUUUAGAUUCAACCCUAAUUAAACAAGCUUGAUCCAGUUAAUCAAGUCCUUCAGGCUUAUUCCAAAACUACAUGGUAUGUGUGUUUGGGAAGGAUUGGAACAAAACUCUGCAGGGCUCCAGCCCUCCAGGAAUUGAGUUUGACACCACUGGUGUAGACUAGACAGUCUGUUUAGAUGAAAUCUUGAACUCCAGAAAGUAAAUAAUGAGGUGACUUUGACAGUUUCAGAUUUGAAAAACAAAAAGGUGGGAAUAAAGAACCUUAAACUCUAUAACAAAGAACUAUUUCAGCAUAAAAUGGUUCUUCAGGAUUAAAUAGAACCAUAAAUAGAACUAUUACCUACGUUUAAAGAACCUUAAAAGAACCAUCUUUUUUUUACAGUAUAGAUAAAUGUUUAGGCUGAGGUACACUGGUGGUCAAACAUGGAUGUAAAUAAGUUUUUUGUGCACACCUACAACUUUUUGCCAUUGGUUUCAUUAAGCCAUUAUCCUUUAAUUUAGAAUAAUAUAAUUCAGUGUAAUUGAACAUUAUUGAUUGUUUUAGGCUUGCUAACAUGCAUUUCCCCUCUUUAUUCUCACAUCUGUUUUUAUUCUAGAUGAGGCUGAAAAAGACACUACUAGACAGUGAUGUUCCAAUAUCAUCUUAAAACUUCAUAUUUUGAAACUGGUUGUUCUGAGAUGAGUGGAAUGGGUACAGUUUGCACAAAGGUUCAGUUUAUUUGGAUUAGUUGGCAUGAAAUGAAAUGUUACCCUAUUUUUUCAGUGCUUACUGUUGAUCUUAUUGUGAUCGAUUCAUCCAUGUUCAAGGUUUUUUUUUUGCGUGUGUUUUUUGACCAUAUACUUUUAAAUUAAAAUAUAAUAAAUUAAUCUUCCAGUGAA